GUCGUCGUGUUCACAGGGGAGCCAUUUCCGCGUUGCACAACUGUCAUGCGUGUUUCCGUGUAGUAUGUUUGGUAAUGUGUUGCUGUUCUGUAAUUAAUGUCAGUGGAUCUUACUUUGAAGGUAAUAAUCAAUAUCAUUUAUCGAUUAUCGGUCAUAAAAGAUAGACAACGUUUGUAUUUGAUAAGUCUGUUAGCAUGCUAAGCUAACGUUAUUCCGGACUCUUAGCCGGUGACUCCUGCUGUUGUAGGUCAGACUGUUUGGUAAGAUGAGUUAAUAACGUGUAUUAAAGCAACCGAUUAAAAUAAUAAUAAUUUAAUUUCAACUCGUUAAGCCUUUGCAAAUGAGGCUUAACUUUUGACUAAAUGUCAUUCAUGGUUAAAUAGGGAAUCUCGACUGAAAAGUUGAGAAUUAAAACAUUUCUGACACUCAGCGCUUUAAAACACAUCGAAUUGUACACGUAAGGUUGUUUUUCAAAACAAAAGUUUUUUAUUUAAACUUCGGCUGACAUGGGACUGACAGAAAAGACCAAAUUUAACUCAAGUGUCUGUUUAAAGAAGUGGAUCCAGCGGUCCUCCUUGGUCUUUCGUAAUAGUCCGUCUUAAAGAAAAAUCCCUAUUUUCAUCUGGAUUUUACUGAAACAAGCGCUACCUUUAGGUGUAUACAUACACCGAAUACAAGAGUGAUUUUAGAUAAGAGGAGAACAGAUUAAUUUAUCACAAUAUACUGAUAUACUAGCGGGGAAAUCAAGUCGGACUUAAAUUAUAGCUUUUGUGAAUGGGGUUUGGUUGAACAGAGACAACAAUGUAUUUGCUUUCUUUUGCAUUGUUUAGACAGUGUAUUAUCAGGAAUUGUUUAGUUAAAAAAAUUACGAUUUUGCUACACUAUGAGUAAGUGUCUUUAAAGAAUUGUUUAUUUUGUUGUUUUUUUUGUGAGUAAUUUUUCUUCUCUCUGCAGUCCAGGUGAUUUUGCCCAGCCUGACCCGGCUCCAGGUGCAGACUGACUGCAGUCCCAGCCAUGCUGCUCCCCCUCCUUCUGCGUUCGUCCCUGCGCUGCCCUCAGGUGUCGUUGACACGAUGCAUCAGGUGCGACUCCCAGAGGACGCUGCACUCUAAAGCUGAGAAUUUCCUCCGACGGAGACUUCCUCUACGCUUCCACGCUCAGAGCCGAGGCGCCAAGGGUCGGAGCAGAAAGACGAAGAGCCAAGAGGAGGAGUGGAAAACCAGGAACAAGACGGUGCUGACGUACAUCGCUGCUGCAGGGGUGGGGAUGAUCGGGCUGUCAUACGCUGCGGUGCCGCUCUACAGGCUGUACUGUCAGGUGAGGAACCAAAACUCCCCUCUGUGUUUGUCAGAGCUGGAACAGGUGUGACACCUGUGUGUGUUUGUGUGUCAGGCCUCAGGGCUCGGCGGCACGGCGGUGGCCGGUCAUGAUGCAGACCAGGUGGAGACGAUGACGCCGGUGAAGGACCGCAUCAUCAAAGUCUCGUUCAACGCAGACCGACACGCCAGCAUGCAGUGGAACUUCAGACCGCAGCAGACGGAGAUUUUUGUAAGAGAAUCAUCCGUGUUUCUGAGUCUCUGCGUGGACCUGUUCCUGUUCUCACUAUCAUAAGCUCUGAACAGGCUCCUCUGCUAAUCAAAAAACCUUUAUUCUUCUUUAAUCUGUCGUUCAGGUGGUUCCAGGUGAGACGGCGCUGGCUUUCUACAGAGCCAAGAACCCCACAGACAAACCCAUCAUUGGUAUCUCCACCUACAACGUGGUCCCCUUUGAGGCAGGGCAGUACUUCAACAAGAUCCAGGUACAUCCAGAGACUGGUACUACCAAGCAGGUGUGCUCAGGUAGGGUGGCAGAGGUGGGGAUUUCUCCUCUGAUGCUAAAACCCAACAAAAGUGUCCUGAUCUUCCUAUGGAAGCGCAUGAAAAAAGUAGGAGCAGAGAGGGAGGGGAGAGGAGGAGCUGAGGGGAAAACUGGUUGGGAGGAGGGGUAGAGUUUACGUUCAAGAUUUCUCCUAAAAACUGGAACUUCCUCAGAUCCUGACGACUCCACCUUUAACUGAUAGAGAAGAUGAAAGAGUGACCUGUAGAUGAACAUAAAAGGAUGAAUUUCUGCCUCGUUAAGUUUCAAUAAUCCUGUUGGUACCAGACUUUGAAUAACUAUUCCCGGUCUGUGACUUCCACGCCAUCAUCCCCAAAUAAAUACCCGCCCCGGUUCUCUCAGCUCAGCUUCUUCGGACUCAUCUGCAGCGUUUCAAACCUCUGUGUCGUGUCUUUACAGUGUUUCUGCUUCGAGGAGCAGCGUCUGAACCCUCACGAGGAGGUCGACAUGCCCGUCUUCUUCUACAUCGACCCCGAGUUUGACGAGGACCCCCGCAUGGCCCGCGUGGACACCAUCAUCCUGUCCUACACCUUCUUCGAGGCCAAGGAGGGUCAGAAACUGCCUCUGCCCGGAUACAGCUACAACUGACCAGAGAGGGUCACCAAGACGCUGAACCGAGAACCUGAUCUGGUUUGAAGAUCAGAGGGAGACCAGGGUCUGGAGAACAGUCAGAACCUCAGAAACUGAACUGAUGUGUGUUUUCUUACAGAGACGGUCGGACUCAGAGUGAUCAGGGACUCUGGAGCCCGGGACUGAACAUGUCAGUCAGACAGAGUCUCACUUUACUGAGGACGACUGUCAAAGACUGACAAAGUGAAUAAAUGAUGUUUGAAACAGAACCUGGAGGUUUUCAUGAGGUGUGAGAACAGUCUGACACAAAGACUCUCAACUUUAAAACCAACGCUAAGAGGCGACACCGAGUCGAGUCUCUGAUUUUGAAGUUUUUGUUUCAGCUUUAGAGAAGAAGAUCCUGAACUGAAUCACAUCUGUAAAGUCAGUAACAAAGUAAAGCUUUGAAUAAAGAGGUGUUUAUUUGAAUAUUCAUGCUUUUAUAAACUUUUUUAAACCCUUCAAAG